ACGUUACACCAACAUGUCCAUGCUCUGACAGCAGUGGGUCCGUGACCGCUGGGAUGAAAAUGUGUCAUUUAUGAAUUUAAAACGUAUGUAAUAGUGUAGUACCGCAUUAAAUUAGAGGGUUAGGGGACAUUUUAAUCAAAACCAUGGCUCGGGUUGUGAAAGUGUUUCGGACUCUGCGGAAUCACUGGAAGAAGUCCACAUUUUUUGUGUGCGUCCUGUCUUAUGGAGGCCACUGGCUGUAUGGGAAACACUGUGACAAUGUUCUGCGGAGAGAGGCCUGUCUUGUGGCCAGGGAAUUUGGGCGUCAACAGAUAGAACCAAUGGAGCGGCUUAGAAAAGCAACAGUCAUCUUGAACCCUGCAGCUUGCAAUGGGAAAGCCAACAACCUGUUUGAAAAGAAUGCUGCUCCUAUUUUACACCUGGCUGGUGUGGAGAUUACAAUAGUAAAGACUGACUAUGAAGGCCAGGCAAAAAAACUGAUGGAGCUCAUGGAACAGACAGACAUGCUGAUCGUGGCCGGAGGGGAUGGCACCUUGCAGGAGGUCGUCACAGGUUUACUGAGAAGGCCAGAUCAAGACACACUCUGUAACACACCGAUUGGGUUCAUUCCACUGGGCUCUCACAAUUCCCUGAGUCCAAGUCUUCACCUCCUCAGUGACAACAAGGUCAAAGACAUUACAUCAGCAACACUGUCCAUUCUGAAGGGAGAAACUGUACCUCUGGACGUGCUGCAAAUCAAAGGGGAGAAAGAGCAGCCAGUCUUUGCUAUGAUGGGACUACGAUGGGGUGCUUUCAGAGAUGUGGCUGCAACAAUCAGCAAAUAUUGGUACCUUGGACCGCUGAAGACACAUGCAGCGCAUUGGUUUAAUACUCUACGGGAGUGGCCCCUGGUGCGGGAAGUCUCAGUAUCCUACCUGGCUCCCAGCCUACGGCCCCCUGACCUGCCCCCUCAGAAGCCCCCGAGACCCAACCUGCUCUACCGCAUCAUCCGCAGGCUGAAAAACCACUGGUACCCUCCCGUCGAAGAGCCUCCGAAAGUGGAGGAGCCGGAGGAGUGGAAGGAGGAGAAGCUGUCGACGUACGAGCUGUUUAUUAAGACGCACAACCAAAACCCAGUAAAGAGGCGCAUAGAUGACUCCAUGAUGAUCUGCGCAGAACCAGACAACUUCACAGUGGGAGAGUACAUCACUGUCGGAAAUAAGAAAGAAGAGGACCCCACUGUGUUCACAAAAGACUCCACAAAACUGGAAGUCGGUGCUUGCCGGCUGCACCUGCCAGAGGGCACCAGUGGCUUCUACAACAUCGACAACGAGGAGUACGAGGCCAUGCCUGUAGAGGUAAGGCUGUUGCCACGGAAACUACGCUUCUUCAUCAGUGCAGAGCGCAGAGAGCAGCUCCUGUCAAAGAUGCAGUGAUGAAAAAAUUUAAAACCAGAAUAAGGAGAAGAACUGGUUUCAAGAGCAACAAAGAACUCUGAGGUCAUUUUGAAAACGGAAGUCUGCUGUGUCAGCAGUUCGACAUGCUGAUGAAGCACUGACGGUUUGUUUUACUACAUGCCAACAAUGAUAGAAUAUAUAGCUGAACAAUUAUGAGGAGGACUACAUUAAAUGCUGAUGUAUAUUAAAGGACCAAGGCUUUGUUUCUUUGAGCCAUUAACCAUGUACAGGUUGUCUUACAAAUGGACUUUAUGUUUACUGAAUAGUUUACUAUCACAUUUGAACUUGGUCAAUAAA